AUGGCACAAACGGUUCAAGAAACGGCUACAGUGUUGGAAGAGGAAGCUCGCACGAUGACUCUAGUUGCUCCAAAGACAACGCCAAGGAAAUAUAAAUAUAUAUACACCAACUUUCUUACAUUUUCAUAUGCGCAUCUAGCUGCAUUGUACGGGCUUUAUUUGUGCUUCACCUCUGCGAAAUGGGAAACAUUGCUAUUCUCUUUCGUACUCUUCCACAUGUCAAAUAUAGGCAUCACCGCAGGGGCUCACCGACUCUGGACUCACAAGACUUUUAAAGCCAAAUUGCCUUUGGAAAUUGUCCUAAUGAUAUUCAACUCUUUAGCCUUUCAAAACACGGCUAUUACCUGGGCUAGAGAACAUCGGCUACAUCACAAAUACAGCGAUACUGAUGCUGAUCCCCACAAUGCGUCAAGAGGGUUCUUCUACUCGCAUGUUGGCUGGCUAUUAGUAAAAAAACAUCCCGAUGUCCUGAAAUAUGGAAAAACUAUAGACAUGUCGGAUGUAUACAAUAAUCCUGUGUUAAAAUUUCAGAAAAAGUACGCAGUACCCUUAAUUGGAACAGUUUGUUUUGCUCUUCCAACUUUGAUUCCAGUCUACUUUUGGGGCGAAUCGUGGAACAACGCUUGGCACAUAGCCUUAUUUCGAUACAUAUUCAAUCUUAACGUGACUUUUCUAGUCAACAGUGCUGCGCAUAUCUGGGGGAAUAAGCCUUAUGAUAAAAGCAUCUUGCCCGCUCAAAACCUGCUGGUUUCCUUCCUAGCAAGUGGAGAAGGCUUCCAUAAUUACCAUCACGUCUUUCCAUGGGAUUACCGCACAGCAGAAUUAGGGAAUAACUUCCUGAAUUUGACGACGCUGUUCAUUGAUUUUUGUGCCUGGUUUGGAUGGGCUUAUGACUUGAAGUCUGUAUCAGAGGAUAUUAUAAAACAGAGAGCUGAACGAACAGGUGACGGUUCUUCAGGGGUCAUUUGGGGAUGGGACGACAAAGACAUGGACCGCGAUAUAAAAUCUAAAGCUAACAUUUUUUAUGCUAAAAAGGAAUGAAAACUCAAACAAAUAAUAAAUUGUAUAAUUAUUGUGAUAAUUUAGAAAUAUUAGAUGUUCCUUCAUUUACUGAA